AUGGCUUCGGAAGAUGAAGACGACUACAUGAACAUGGUCAUUGAGGAGCCCACUCAAAAGGAGACCUUCACCCAAAAAAAGCGCCGCGAACUACGAGAGGUACCGUAUCCUCCACAUUCUAACCCAACGCCAUACCUGUCUCCGGCUAAAUUCCAACUCAAUUCUGCCAAUUCUAACAUUCUUUUCCAUAUUCAGGCCGAAGCCCGUGGCCGAGUCCCAUCCAAAGCCGAACGCGCCGCUCGGGAAGCCGUCCGCCGAGAGGAAGCUUUGGCCACAAGCACCCUCAACCCCACCAACAAAGGAUUCCAAAUGAUGGCAAAGCUUGGGUUCAAACCUGGUGGGGUACUUGGCAAACCUCCUACAGUCAGCGAUUCUGACACUACCGACACUCCCGACUCUUUCCUAAAGGCGCGCGCUGAACCGCUGAACCUAACCUUGAAAGAAAACCGCGGCGGAAUUGGGUUGGACACGGAAAAAAAGCGCAAGCUCCGUGAGGAAGCAGAAGAAGCAGUAAAAAGAAUCAAACAUGAGGGGGGAGUUACCGAGACCGCACGCAUCGAAGCGCAGGUGCACGCUGCGCAGAAAGUUGCAGAGAGGCUGGAUGCGGAAUCGGAGAGUGGGGUUACCACGGGCGAAAAUAAAGAACAAGGGACGGGGUCUUCAGCCGAGUCCAACAAAGAAGGUGGCGCAGAUCCUAGUCAACCACGCGACGGACCCGACGCAGCCGCAACAAAGAAGAAGCCAAUCAAGGUCACGUCCCAAAUCAACGUCCUGUACCGCGGUCUUAUCCGUGAGCGGGAAAGGAACGACAGUGAUCGCCAGGCACGCCAUGCUCUCCAGUCCUCACUCCCUUCAUCAUUUUUCCCCAAAGCACGGCUACCAGAAUACGAUGACCCGACUAUGGACCGGGAGGAUAAAAAGGCCCUUGGCAGUGAACUGGAUCAGAAUACCUCCACACUGGAGAUAGAGCUGGAAGAAGACGACGAGGAGCUCGAUGCGUUCAAUGCACUAGAACCAGCUGAGCGGUUACGCAAGCUGGUUCUCUUUCUGCGCGAGACAUAUCGGUAUUGUUUCUGGUGUAAAUAUGCCUACGAAACUGAUAUUGAGCUGGAAGGGUGUCCUGGCCUGACUGAGGAGGAUCACGAUUGA